AUGAAGUUACUAUUACUGAUCGUCUACGGAAUCGCAAAAACCUGGUCUCAUGUGGAACUUAUCACACAUGAUGCCUUUUAUGCUGCGAUUGUUAGCACUUUCCCAGAUCAGAACAUUAUCUUUUCCACCGAAAUGAUACGAACCAGCAUGCUCUUCAUCUACAUUGGAGUGGAGAAGACCGAGUCUUCGGAAAUGGAGAAGUCACUGCACUACCAGGGCCUCAAGCUCUCAGACUAUAAGCCCGACUCUGAAAAGAUCCUCAACAUGCUCUGGCAGGAUAACGUGGUGGCCAAGAGCACUACUCGCUUUUUUGUGAAACAGAGUCUUAAACUGUCCACUGAGUAUCGAAUGUUUAUGAGGCAUACGGAGGGAAGGGCCCAAAAUAUCGUCUUUAAUGCCGAGAAGCUCAAGGAAGUCAAUGAGUUCUUCAAAAGCGAAAUGGGCGAAAGAAUGGGCGAGGUGAUCAACGAGUCCUACUGGAAGCCGGACAACAUGGGCCUCCUGGUCAACGCCAUGUACUUUAAUCUGAGUUGGGAGCGCACCUUUAAUCCGGCUGCCACCUACGACCGCGAAUUCCGAGUCAGCAGUCAAAAGACAAUCAAGGUUCCCAUGAUGCACGAGGACAGUAAGUUUGCAUUUGGCGUCCUGGAAAAACUACAGGCCACCGCCCUCCUUCUGCCAUUUUCGCAGGGGGACUUGACUAUGCUCCUGGUCAAGCCGAACCAGCCGGAUGGACUGAGUGACCUGGAACAGAAGCUAUCCAAGCUCGAUGUUCAUGACCUGACGACCCGGCUGACCAUGUCGGAGGUGUUUGUGGCCAUUCCCAAGUUUCAUGUCCGCUGCGACUUGGAGUUAAGGCCGGCUCUGGAGAAAAUCGGCAUUAAAAAGAUUUUUGUGGCUAGCAAGUCCUUUUCCACUUUGUUGCAAAGAAAUGCCCUUUUUCAGAUAUCCGGAGUGAGACAUAUGGUUUCUUUUGAGUUUCAAGAACAAGGCAUUGGCCCUCCGCCAACAGCAGUUGGUAAUGGCAGCUUGACUCAUACCUUCAAUGAAGUUAAAUACUUUCUGGGAAAUCAUCCAUUUGCUUUUUACAUCAUCGACAAGGAGUCGACUUUUUUUGCAGGACAUGUUACAACUUUCUAGUUUUGUUUUCAAGAAAUCUUGGGCCUAAUACUCUGUUAU